CUUUCGCUUGUUUUUUUACAUUCGGUAUAUACGCAAUUUCUGGAUGCACUCAUUGUUGAUGUUUACUCUAUAGUUGUUAUGCAUAUAAGGGUCCACUGAUCCAUAAGGGCACCGGUAACCACCAUCUAUAGUUGUUAUUGUUUUUUAUCUACAAUGAAGUGAGCUAUCGAUGUUGGAGACCUCGUACGGUGUCAAUCUGAAACGUCCGCUAUCCCGGCUCAUUUCGUGAAAUACAUAAUUGUGACAUGAGCGGGAUAUUUAUGUACGCAUAAAUUACACCUCUCUAACAAGUAUUGUGUAUAUUCGUCUACAAAAUAGAAAAUAAGAAAUAAAAGUGUCAAAAUGGCGAUGUCAACGAAAUUAUUGAAACGUUUAAAUUCGGGAGAAGAUCCUUUGCCAAAACGAUUAAAGUUAGCGGAAACUGCAUUUGUUGAGUUGGAUCUGCCGCUUGUGAAAAAGGAUGAGUUACUUUUGGAAUGGGUGUGUAAAACGUGUCUAACAAACCAGGAAGCGUGGAAAACUUUGAAUGAAUUCUUGAAGUCUCGAAUUGACAUUAAGACCAAUGCAAAACAGUGUUUAAUUGACACGCUUGUUCAGAAAUUGAACACUGAUGAAAGAGAUAUAAAUAAGGAAUUUCUUCAAUGUUGUGACUCAGUUUUGUCUAACAACAGCAUGAGACAAUAUUUUACAAAUAAUCCACAAAAUUUGGGUGUUUUAUUGAGGGCUCUACUAAACAAUUUUUUGAAAUACUCAGAAAUACAUUCUCACUGUUGCAAUACAGCACAAAAUGAACUUGAGCAACAACUUAAGCCAAAUAGAAAUAAGUGGGAUUCAAAUGGGAUAUUUAUAUUUAUAAAUAGUACUUUACGUUACGUUGUCAAAAGUUUAACACAAAUAUAUCAACAGUCAGUAACUAGAAAAGAUGAACUGAGAGAAAUUUUUAUGCACGAUGUUUUGCAUCUUGUGUGCAAUUCAAUUGAUGAGAGCGAUUAUAAGGGGUCUUUUAUUGCCUCAGACGCACGCGAAUGUAUACAGCAAAUAUUAUUGAAUAAAAGCAGAUUUACAGAAAACAAACGAAUGGGAGAAGAGAGCAGACAAGCAGUGCUCUCAAACCUAUCUUAUGUAUUGUCUAGAAACGUGAGAGCAUCAUGUCCUCAAAGCAAUCUUCUAACAUACAAGUUUCUUUUUUACACUGUGGUAGACUCUUGUAAAUCAGAUGCUGUUUUAUUGGACAUGGUCUUUAGAAAAUUGAUCGAAUCCUCUGGAAAACACAAGUUCGAAAUCUUGGAAGCUUGUCUCAGAUACUUAAAUGAUGUGACUCUUGAUUUCGACAAUACCAUAGAUGGUGUCACGUUGUCCGAAUAUUUACAAAAAAUAAUAACUGAUAUUUUAGCAUUCGACAAUUUACGGGACGUUUUGCUAUACAAAAUACUUAAAAAUCUUGCGUACAUUAAUCCGAUUUUAAUAGAAAAAAAUAUUCCGGACAUUUUAAACAAAACACUUAUGGAAGAACAAAAUGUAGACUACAUAAACUUGUUAAAUGCGCUUUUGUACUGCAGUAUGAAAUUGAGACGCGAGCAAAAAUUUAUCUCGCAGUUACUGGCAUCAUUGAAGGAAACGAUUAAAGUAAAACAAUCGUACGAAAUAAAGCGACAAUCAUUUUUUCCAUAUGAAUUUAAAAGCGAACUGACGAAGCAAAUUAACAAUUUCUCUAGUUCACAGAUAAUUACAACUUUACGAACAAUAAUACAUUACUUGAAUACAGAUUGUGUGACAUUAUUAGAGUCCAAUAUUUCAUGUAAAUAUAUAUUAAUGCUGAAGGCGACGGUAGAAUUGCUCCUUAUGUUCUUCUCCAACAUACAGAUAUUAGAACACAUCAAACUUCCAAUAGUUUUUGAAAAACUAGUUAACAGCCUAGAAGACCUAAGUAAUACUUUAUCAUUGUUGAUAAACAAAGCAUUGUGUUUGAGUUAUAAUAAAGAUAUUAUUGUAUUACUGCUAAACGCGGUACAAUCAUUAAGCGAUAUGCAGAACGUACUGAAAUAUUAUGUGCCAAAAGAAAUUGCUAUGAAGCAACUAGCUUUUCCGAUUCCGGAUGAUCCUUGGCAACAAUUGAUUCAAAGAAUAUCCAACUUUGGAAAACGCAACUGCAAAUAUACUAUGAACAAGCUUAUUUUACAUCGGAUCAGAUCAAACAUAUCACGCGACUCUUCUUCUUUUGUUAAACUUUCUGGUUUAGUAGGAGGUCUGGAAUAUUCUUGGAACAUUAUUUUGAAAUAUUAUACGGAUGUGCUUUCGUUAUUGCAUGACAAUGACGUAAUCACAGUGACGUAUUUUUUCUUGACUUAUAUUACAUCGAAUGAAAAUAACUACGACAGCUGGCAUGUUAUAUUAAAGAGGGAGUGUCUUCAAGAAAAUAGACAGUUUGUACAUUGUCUCUUAGGUCAGAUUCUUGCUCAAAUUGGACAGUGUACAAAAUCUAUAACAGUAGAUAUUACUCCUGAAUUAAUGUUGGAGAAGGAAAAUGACAACAAACUUCUAGAUAUAUUGCAAGUUAUGAAAGAGCAAAUAUCUCAAGAUCAAUGGAUUCAAAUGACAAAUUCGAUAUCCGAUAAAAUUAGAUGUCAUCUUAAAGUAUUGCUUAAUUUACCGAUAAUACAUUUCAGAUGUAAUGUUAAAUUAUUAGUAUUUCUGGUUGUAUAUUCCGUUAGCAAAGAAUGUGACAACAAUGCGGAAAUAUUGUCAUUAUGCAACAAGAUAUUCUUAGAUUUAUUAGAAGAUACCAGAAUCGAUAUAUUUCAAUACAUAGAACCAACAGCGGUGAUAAAUCAGUUAUCGCAAAACAAAGCAUUCGCGAAAGCUUGCGAGUAUCAUCUUUCAGAUGCAACAACAUACGCCACUUUGAAAAGUCUUAUAAAAAGUUGUGCACGAAACAAGGAAGCUAUGUGCAUCAUUUUGGAAUAUUUGGAAACUAUCAAACCAAACGAUACUGAGCAAAAAGUUAUUUUCAGAAAGGCAAGAAAAAAAUUAGCUACAGCUAUUUUAAAAAAGUUACCUGAAGCGAUAAAUGAAGCUUUUGACGUUAGAUGUUUAGUAGCAGUAUUAAAAAUAUCAUCUAAAAAUAUUACCGACGACUUGAAAAAGUUGACCGAAUCAACUCACAAUAAUAUAUUCACAACUGAAGAAAACUUAAAAACUGCUAAGAGUGCAUUAGUGCAACAAGGUGUGGAAUUGGCUGUUAUCGUUUUGCAACGUCGUAAAACAUUUGAAGUACCAGAUACGACCAUCAAGGGCUUAUGGCGCAUAAUGUUACGAUAUCCAUACAAGAAUUUAUUCAAACCAUUAUUAGCAUCUACUGGAGAAAAAGAAUUUUAUGAACUUCUAAAACUGUUGCAUGAUGAGACGAUAACUAUCUGGAAGGAAAGUGAUGAAACGGCAUGGAAAAAUCUGUUUUUCAUUUGGAACGGUGUAAUGAAAACAGAAUACUAUAUGAAUACCAGACGUAAGAAGAUGCGUUGGAAUGCAUUUAACAAUCUUUUGUUCCGAGUCGUAUUUAAGAUAAAUUUUCCUCCCAAAUAUUGGUCACACGUUGUGAGUCUGUCUCACAAUAUAAUCGCUACCAAACACUUACUUAUUCCAAAUACUACAUUUGAUCUUAUUAUAAUAACUGCUCUGCACUCGCUCCCGAGAGCAUUACAUACGCAGCAAAUUACAGUAUGUGAAUGUGUAUUGGCUCUGUGUAAAACGAUGAUAAAAGUCAGGCCGGACAUGAUAACAGACAGAUUACCGAAUUUAUUGCUACUAUAUAGAAAUGUAAUAGAAAUCGUUGUUCAUGGAUCGAGAUAUUUCAUAGACAAUAAUAAAAUUGUAGAGCGCCGAUUUAGAUGCCUCGCGUUCGAUAUUGAAAAGUUUACAAGUUUACUGAUAAAAUUAAAGAAAGAUAUGAUUCGUUUAAGUCCAUAUGUAAUUGCUGAUCUCUUACAAAUAAUUACGGACAAAGAGUUAUCAAGUUUGAAGCGUGGUCAGAGCGAAUAUGAUCUUUCGAUGAAAAAAACUUCUCCGCCUUAUCCAUCUUUUAUCAAGGUGGCUUUGCAUAAUUCUCUGUAUCAAUUGAUCAGCAUUUGCGAUCAGCACGCAAUCGCUUUCUUGUCUCGCACGUUACCAGUAUCCUUGCAGGAAGUCUUCAAAGUACAAUUAGAUUCGUUCAACAAAUUUUACAAAUAUUCCGGCAAAGUAUAGAUUUGAUUUACCUUUUGAUUAAUCGUUUGCGAGACAGUUUGACAAAAUUGAACACAUGUUUUUAUACACAACUAAAGGAAAAAAAAUAUAUAUAUAUAUGUA